AUGUGACGGUUCCCCACGUUUCUGUUUCUCCUUUCUAUCCUGUUUUGUGUUCGGUGUUGCGUGUUCCUUUUGAAGAAAAUUUUCGGGGCUUUUGAUUUUUGAGGAUUUGGGGUUUCAUAGAAGAAGAAGAAGAAGAAGAAGAAGAAGAAGAAAGGGUAGUGAGUGAUGUGAAGGAUUAUUGAAUUGAAUGAUGGAGAACUGCAUCAUCGGUUGCUGUGGAGCUUCUUCUUCUCGAAGGGUUUUGGUAGGUGGGGAAUUUGUGCAAUGAAGGUGCGUAUAAGGUUAUUUUGUUGAAUUGUUUAUGGGAUGGCAAGAUUGAACCUAGAAGCAAUACAAGUCUUGAAGAAGGAGACAAGGUAAAAUGGGUGAUUCUCUUCAUACUUGUUUGUCAAUGGAGAAUCAUCACCCAUCCACGCUCUUGUCCAUGGAUUCAAGUGCCUCUUCUCAUGAGGAGCUGGAUUUGGAGAUGAAUCCGCAGAUCAUACUAUCUGGUCCGCCGGAUAUCAAUUUACCUCUGUCCGCAGAGCGAAGCCCUCCUCCGCAGCUAUGGAAUUCUGAUCCCUGUGAUAUUUUAGAUGUUGGACUUGGCACUCAAGGAUAUAAGACUGAGAGUUUACUCAGCCUUCCGAAAACCGGAAGGAAAUGCUCCAAGCGAGUUGAUAGCAUAUGGGGUGCUUGGUUUUUCUUCCGAUUUUACUUCAAGCCUGUGUUGCAUGAAAAAUCUAUGGCCAAGGCUACCAGGGACAGCAAUGGUGUUUCAGGGUUUGAUAAAACUGAUCUCAAGCUUGAUGUUUUCAUGGUUCAACAUGACAUGGAAAACAUGUACAUGUGGGUUUUCAAGGAGAGGCCGGAAAAUGCGCUGGGCAAGAUGCAGCUGAGAAGUUACAUGAAUGGGCACUCCCGCCAAGGGGAGAACCCUUUUCCUUUCAGUGUUGAGAAGGGCUUUGUUCGAUCACAUAGGAUGCAGCGAAAGCAUUAUAGGGGACUUUCAAACCCCCAAUGUGUGCAUGGCGUUGAGGUUGUGCCAUCACCCAAUUUGAUGGGGCUGGAUAAGGACGAGCAGAAGAGGUGGAUGGAACUCACUGGCCGAGAUUUAAAUUUCAAGAUCCCUCCUGAAGCAAGCGAUUUCAGUUCCUGGAGAAAUCUACCCAACAUGGAGUUUGAGCUUGAGAGACCGCCUCACCCAAUUAAGAGUGCUCCUCCUCCUCCUGCUAAGAAACUGCUUAAUGGGUCUGGUUUGAAUUUGUCAACACAUCUUUCUAGCCAUAGUAACGGUGAUGGUAUUGAUCUAUCUCCUGUCAACGGCAAGAAGAGGAAGGACUUAUGUCUUUAUGGGAAUGGGAAUGGGAGUGAGGAAGAAUGUUACUUGCCUGUUAAUCCUCUACCUGAUAGGAUUCCAGAAAUUGAAAUGCACCCAAGUGAGCAUCACUGGAUGAAUGACUUCAGCGGGGUUAUGAACAAUGUUUAUGGACCCGUUACGGCUGCAAAAACUAUAUACGAGGAUGAAGAAGGCUACAUGAUUAUUAUCAGUCUUCCAUGUGUGGAUCUCUCAAGUGUCAAAGUUUCUUGGAGGAACACUCUCACUCGAGGCAUCAUAAAGGUUUCUUGUUUGAGCACAUCCGGGAAGCCUUUGAUCAAGAGACAUGACAGGACAUUUAAGCUCACAGAUCCAUCACCAGAGCACUGCCCUCCUGGGGAGUUUGUUCGUGAAAUCCCUCUAUCAACUCGAAUUCCCGAAGACGCCAAUAUAGAAGCAUUCUAUGAUGGGCCAGGAUCAGUUCUUGAGAUCAUGGUGCCAAAACUUCGUGUGGGAUCAGAAGAGCAUGAAGUUCGUGUCUGCCUUCGCCCUCAUCUUGGAGGGAAUGAUCUUAUGUUGACUUGAUUUUGAUACUUGCUAUAAAUUAUUGGGGUUGCAGGCAUGGUCCUUAAAUCAUUGUUGUACUAACUUAUGUACCUGUGUAAUCUACAAUACAAUAGUGCAUCUCACAGUUGUCUCCAAUUUUUCAUUACUAAUGGCGGUGAUUUUUUUGGGCCCGUGCAUCAAUUAGCUUUUGGUUGUAAUAUCAUUCUAUUAUGUUUAAACAUCCGUUCCUGAUCAUUCAUAUGAAUAUAUUAAAUCUUGCCUA